AUGGAUGUCGUUGCUACGUUCAAGGAAACCACUAUUCCCGUUAUUCUCGGCCCCACCAAGCAUGCUUUCACGAAAAUCCUCGAGAAUCGGCGCUCAGAAAUCGAGGGCUAUCCGCAUCAAACAUUCCAGUUUGGCACCACGGACAGACACCAACUUGAUGUGUUCUACCCCGAUCCCGCGGCAGUCUCGUCCGGAGGUCCUAUCCCCGUCCUGUUCUUCGUUUAUGGCGGCGGGUUCACCAGCGGCGACCGCAAGCAAGCCCCACCCUUCGACCUCGGGUACACCAACGUGGGUGUGUUCUUUGCCAAACGCGGCAUCCUGACAGUGAUCCCUGACUACCGCCUGCACCCCUCCGUCAACUAUCCUGCUCCUGUCGAGGAUGUCCGCGACGCCCUUGCGUGGUUCCUCGCCAACCCCUCAGUUGUCACCUCCGCCUCGAAUGGUACACUCUCGUCAACGGCCGACAUAUCUACACUCUUCGUGAUGGGCCACUCUGCGGGCUCGAACCACGUCGCCUCGCUGUAUCUCUCUCCUUCUCUGCUCCCGAUCGACUCGCCGGUCCGAGCCGCGACGCGCGGACUCCUCCCGGCGGGAGGUGCGUACGUGUUCAGCUUCCCAAACGCGGUCACCCCGCCCGGCCUGCUCGAGGCGUACUAUGGCUCACAGGAGGCAGCGCUCGAGAACAUGCCGCUUACGCUUCUCAAGCGGGCAUCGGAGGAGCUUAUCAAGAGCCUGCCGGAAUUCUUCGUGCUCAAGAGCGAGCACGAGCCAGAGGCGAUUUCGAAAGGGAACGACGAGUUCGUGGAGGCGCUGGAAGGGCGGCUGGGAAAGAAGGUCCAGUAUGAGAUUAUGAAGAGACAUAACCACAUCAGCCCGCAUUGGGCACUACUGAGCGGGGAUGGCGAGGAUUGGGGGGAAGACGUUGCGGUGUGGGUGAAGGCGAGGAUUUGACGGGUCGUAUGUAAGCACAACUUGGAGGGUGUGUGAUGGGUCCUUGAGCACUAGUAAUUCCGAGGACCGAGUAAUACUGGAGAGUACUUGUGGUGUUGACGCACAUCCGGAAUCUGCCAGUGUUAAUUCAGAAUUCUGCUGAAUCAUAGCUGCUCA